CGCAUCUUCCCCACGGAAGUAAAGGGAGCACUUCCGGGUUCGGCAAUUAACUUGGAGCCGGGUGCGUUGGAUCGGUCUUGUAGGGCCUUGUUCCGAAGCUCCGCCUUCGAUUCGUUCUUUCUAGAAACCCAGCUUUUGAGCUUGGCUGUGCGGGACAGCGUCCCAGGCGCGCGUGUGAGCCCCGCAUGGCGGAUACAGCUCCGAAUGGCCCCCAAGGGGGCGCGGUGCAAUUCAUGAUGGCCAACAAACUGGACACAGCAAUGUGGCUUUCUCGCUUGUUCACAGUUUACUGCUCUGCUUUGUUUGUUCUGCCUCUUCUUGGGUUGCAUGAAGCGGCAAGCUUUUACCAACGUGCUUUGCUGGCAAAUGCUCUGACUAGUGCUCUGAGGCUGCACCAGAGAUUACCACACUUCCAGUUAAGCAGAGCAUUCCUGGCCCAGGCUUUGUUAGAGGACAGCUGCCACUACCUGUUGUAUUCACUCAUCUUUGUCAAUUCCUACCCGGUUACAAUGAGUAUUUUCCCAGUUUUGUUAUUUUCUUUGCUUCAUGCUGCCACAUACACGAAAAAGGUCCUUGAUGCUAAGGGUUCAAAUAGUUUACCUCUGCUGAGAUCUGUCUUGGAUAAAUUAAGUGCUAAUCAACAGAAUAUUCUGAAAUUCAUUGCUUGUAAUGAAAUAUUCUUGAUGCCUGCUACAGUUUUUAUGCUUUUUAGUGGUCAAGGAAGUUUGCUUCAGCCUUUUAUAUACUAUAGAUUCCUUACUCUUCGGUAUUCCUCUCGCAGAAAUCCAUAUUGUCGGACCUUGUUUAAUGAACUGAGGAUUGUUGUCGAACAUCUAAUAAUGAAACCUGCUUGCCCACUGUUUGUGAGAAGACUUUGUCUCCAGAGCAUUGCCUUUAUAAGCAGAUUGGCACCAACAGUUGCAUAGUUUAACAACCAGCUAAGUUAGAUGUAAUAUAAAUAAGCAUUAUUAGCUGCUGGUACUUUUGCUAGGGGUGGUUAAUUCCAAGUGUAAAACUGACCUCAAUGCAAUUUAUAUAAUUAACAUAAAUGCAUCUCAGUAGAAAAAUAAUCAUUUUCCUGGCAUGUUAAAUCAAGCCUUUUAAACAUUUUCUGAGAAACUUUUAUUGUAAUGUAUUGUUAAUAGCUAAGGAAGUCUGGAUCUUGUGAUAAAUGUAUCAAAAAUUCUUUAGAUGCUGCUGUGCCUUUAUCAUGAAGUUCUUUAUUUCUCUAAAAAUAGCUCUAAAAUUUGUUGCAAUCUAAUUGGUAAUCUGAAUUUGUAUCUGGCAUGAGUUCAUUAAGAUAAUACUAACAUGUAAAUUCAGUAUAUUUUGAGACAGUAUUCUUUUGCCAUUCAGUAAUUUUGGUUGAUGAUUUUAACAGAAACAUUUUGCACUGUAUUUAAUUUCAGAUUGUUUUUAAAGUGACUUUGUGCCGCUUUGUGAGGACAGAUUUAUUUUGGAUAUACCAUUAUAAGAGGAAUUUUAUAUGUGUCUUAUGCUAAUGACCUUCCAAAAUUUUAUUUUCAUAAUUACUUCUUUGGCUUUGAAUUUUUUUUUUUUAAAGCCCAACUGUAAGCUAGUUAGCUAAUUGGGUAUAAAUUUUUGGGGUCACCUAAGUGUUUUAUGUCAGAGAGAAGUAGUAGUUUUCCUUUCAGAGACCCACUGAAUAAUAUUUCUCAAGUAGGAAAUCCUUCUUUUAGAAAUGUGGACACAUAGCUUUUAGUAUUAUUGUAGUUUACAGAAUUAGGGCAGAUUCUUGACUGCCGGUUUUCUCAGUUUCUUACUUAGGCUUGAAUUUCCAUAGACAAUUGUAGCUGUUCACAUGCCUUUUGAAAGGAAUGUAACUGAAGAUUGAGUGUAUGACUAAACUUGGUGUCUGUUCUGAAAUAAUAAUGAAGAUUACACAAUACCCAUCAAAUCUGAUUUAAAAGACUAAAUAGAAAGGUUUAUAGGUAAGGUUAUUGAUUGGCAGUGGGGCUGGAAGAAGAGUUGUGGGAGAAAUAGUGUGCAUUUCAAUUUUGUAAUGCAUAGAUAAAUUUGGGGAAAUUGGAUGUAUUAUGCAACUGUGAUUUGAGUUGUAUAAUAUGUUAAAUCCAUUUGUUGAGCUUCCAUCAACUUUUAUAAAAUUCAUUCUGAUCUUUUACUGUUGCAUGGUUGGAAAUGUUUAAAAUAUUGCAAAAUGUUAAUUUAGAGUCAUGUAAUGGUUUUUGUAACCAGUUUUCUUCUGUCUGCAUGUAACUUGGAUUUUUCAAAUACACUCAGUGACUUAUCAGUAACAUCAGUUUUCUUUUUAUUCAACUUUUCAGUCUAUGGAAAUGUGAUACCUACUCAAUAGCUCAACUGUAACCAGCUAUUUUUGUAAUUUUGUAAUAUUUAUCUACUAAGUUAGAGAAGUAGCCUCAUAAUAUGCAGUCGAUUAUGUGUGUGUAGUGUGUGUAUGUGUGUGUGGCCAGUCUCAUCACUAUAUAUGUAAUUUGAUGGUUUUAAAAACUAACUUUUCUAGAGCAAUAAAGUAACUGUAACGUUAAGUAAACAAUAUAUUAUUGAUUUCUAACGAUGUUUCUAAAAAUUUGAAUUAUAUCAAGAAAUUUUGGCAGCUGAAGGCAUAUUUAUUUUUAAGUUACUAGAGUCUUUUUGUUUUCUAUAAUUUUUUAAUCUUGAGAUAAUUUUAGAUUUGUAGAAGAGUUGUAAAAAAAUAGUAAAGUGUCCCUGUAUACCCUUUACUCAGCUUCCCUUUAUGUUAACAUUUUCUGUACCUGUACAACUUUUACCAAAACUAAGAAUUUAACCUUAUAACAAUACUAUUAACUAUUGGCUAUUAAGGUAAAGAAUUUAUUCAUAUUUCACCAGAUUUUCCAUUUAUUUUCUUUUUGUGUGCUCUGUUCUUUACCUUGUUUCUUUUAAUGAUCUAUAUGCCUCUGUUUUUAGUUUUUCCUAUUUUAAAAAUUACUGUUGGUCAAAAAGAUUUUCCUAAAGGAAAUAAUUUAUCUUGGUUUUAAAAAACAAUUUAACAUUAAAACUACUAUUACAACAAUUUAAAACAGUUUGUGCUUCAAAAGUCAACCCCACAUAAUGGGGCUAUAUUUCUGAUAGGUUCAUGCUCUUUAAAGGAAGGCUUGAUUUAUAAAUAAAAUACUCAAACUCAUGAAAAAAUAAAUCUUACAAUUUGAGCAUUAAUAGAGUUUAGUUUGCAUGAAAUUGUAGUUAGAAAAUGUGCAGUAUGAGUAUGAACAACGAGCCAAUUUAACAUCUGAAAUUACAGUGUAACUUGUAUAUCAGAUUUUACAUUAAGGAAAUAUAAUAGCAGUAUAUAGAAUGAAUGUACUAGGAGAAAUUAUAGCUGCAUAGCUGAAUUUAUUUUUACUUACAGAUUUACAAAAAAGUGGUUUAACAUCUAGAAUAUUUAAUUCUUUAGGAAGUGGUAUAGUGCCACUAGCACUUUUAGAUAUUAAACCUUCUUGGACAGGUGGAGGCCUCAUAUAAAACCUACUUUAGUCUAACACAGAUUCUAUAUUCUUUUGUACACUUGAUUCUCAUGAAUUUUAACUCUAUUUAACAUUAAUCCAAAGAGAAAUUUCUUAAAUAACAAUUUGUACUUAAAUUUUCUUGGAGUAAAAGUCACUAUGGUUAGAUGCUCCUGGAAGAAGCAAGCAAGAAAGAAAGCUAACAUUAUUAAAUUUAGUUAUUUAGGAACCUCCCUUCCAGGGAAAAUCAAGGCAUGCUAAUAUUAAGCCAGAAGUUGUGAAAGUUUUAUGAAGUCUGUUGUAAAGCUAAGAACUAUAAAACUUUUGAAAUACUUCAUUUCUUCCUAAAAAAUCAGGAUCAAAAAUUCAGAUUAAGUUUGUGAGUUAAAGUUUGAAAUCAGAAUGAAUGAAGUUAAUUUUGAAGCACUGUGGUAAAGAUCCUUAUCUAAAGUUAUAGGAAUUUGAUUUAAUUAAUAUAGUGCCGAAACUCCCCUCCACCCACCCAACCAAAUCCCUUUUCCACUGCUAGACUCAAAGCUCUCACCUAAAUUGAGACUGAGUUUUAUUCUGUAAUGAAGACCUCAUGGGAGAAAGUAACCACAGUUAUGUUUAUGAGCAGUAGGUGGCACUCUUUCCUUGAGGAGUCCCCAGCUGUUUUACACCCCUUGUUGGAAGGUAAAAUACCAUUAAAUGCUGACUUAGGUAAGGACCUGAAUUCUAUGACUCUUUAAUAUGCAGUUAUUCAAUAUUCAGUAAAUAUUUAGUAAGCAUUUGCUGUGAGUACAAUUUUAAAAUACCAAAAUGUUCAAAAACCAGAACAAGUACCCUAUUAAUAUCUGCUUUCUAGGUAAAAAGUAAAAUAGGCCACAAUUGGUGGCAUUUCUCAGAUCAUGGUCUUUCUGCUGUUUCUGUUUUUGUUUUCAUAAGUGCCUAAAUCAUGUAAACUCAUCAAUUAUAAAAUUAUUCUCUUCAUUUUCAGGUUUGUAAAAGUGGUCCUUAAAUUUUUUUCAUGGUCAUUUUGUAGAUACACAAGGUAUUGCGCAUUCCAUCUCUUAAAAUUUAGACUUUUCACAAUAAUACACAAGCUUAUUGAAAUUUGUGGAUAUUAAGAAUAGUAUCUAGAUUUGUAAAUUCAGUUUGAGUUGCAGAAAUUUGUUUCACUGAACACCUCCUUGGAAUUUCUCUAGAAUUCAGAAUUCUGUAGAGGCUAUAUGAGGCUCAACAGAUAGAAUACCAAAGGCAGGCAUGUUUUAUAAGUCAAGGGGUUAUUUCCAGAGAUCAUUUUAAUGAGCAUUCCUCUUAAAAUAUUCUGGGUGGAAAGUUGUGAUUGGAUCUGGUGUUAAGGAUUAGAAAAGAGCUUCUAAAAGUUUGGGAGGUUUCCUGGUAGCAGUUAUUCUAGGAUAUGUCUAUCUUCUAAGAUGGUUUUUGGAGGGAUUCUUAGAAGGAACACGUUCCUGUGGGAGGGACUUCACUCUGGUCUUUCUCCUCUUGUGCAGUAAAAUUGUGCAGUGCAUUUCACACUGACCUGCAUUGAAUUUGAGUUGAUGUGACGAGAGAUACAGUAUUUUUUUAGUCCAGGAGAUUCUUUUUCUUAGAAGAUAAUAGGAAAAAUUAUUGUUGGAUAUCUUUGCUGGAAUCUAAAAAUUAGCUCUUAUGCCAGGAAAAGGAAAGGCCCAAGAGUCAUUUCACUUUUUCCAUCAUAGUUUGUAACGCUACCUUUUUGGAUGCUCAGUCCUUUUUCAAACCUUUUUUUCUUAAUUCACGACAGUUUAAUUUCAAACUUUGACUAUUUUCUUUUGUAACUUUAAAAUAGAGUGCUUUUGACAUGAAUUUUUGCUUAUGUAUGUAUUUGUAAGUUGAGACCAAAUGGGCGAAGUCUUGGGUAGGUAACAUUUGUGAUGUGUUUGUACUGGAACAAAUGUAAAAGGGUCACAAAGAGUAGAAAGAGAGUCAUAAAUGACUGCUUGAUAUAUAAAUGCAUUACUUGUGGUGCUCUAUAUAAUGGGAUAUAUUGAAAAAAUUUUGUAUAUACAGUAUGUCAGCAUUUCUUAGUAACUUCUCUUGAAUCCAUUUUUAAUAUCUAAUAUUAUACAGGUUGGGGAGUUAUAUACUCUUCAGGCCAGUACCAUCCAGACUGUAUAAAUUUAUGAAAUAAAUUGAAAAAUUCAUCAUUCCCCUGUAUUCAAGACCAAAGCACAUAAAUGCUAAUGUAGGGCUCAGAGGGGAAAUAUAUUGCUCCUGAAUAUUUGAGAAAAUGUGAAGUCCUUUCAAGAAAAUCUAAUAAACAUAAUAAUCAUAGCCUGCUGACACUAAGGAAAAAGGACCUCAUUCACUCUUUCUUUUAUGCAGCGGUUUACUGGUCCCUACUGAUUUCCAAAUUGGAUCGCCAUAGUAAAUUAUCUAUGCUGGUACCUGUGAAAGUAAGCCCUGGGAUCCAUAUUUGUUUUCUGUUCUGCUUAAAUCAGCAAGAAUGAUAAAUUUGAUGGUGUGAAAUUGGAAGUGUCAAGGGCUCUCUUUGGUGAUUGAGCAAAAUAAUGUCUCCACUUGUAAUUUACUGUGACCCUGUUUCACUGUAUGUGCUUUGUAUAUCUAAUAUUUAUUUCAAUACGAAUUAAAUUGUUCCUUCAUCUGUACUGUUAUAGCUAAGAUUUUAUUGAUGUAAAAAUCAAAUUGUGUAAUAAAAAAUCUCUCUGGAUUUAAGC